GUUAUACGACCAUCUUGGAUUUUAUAUUUUUAUGUAAACAAUAAACAUCGAAAUUCGAAGACUUCGUUUUUGAUUGAUCGCGAACGUGCGUAUUGUAUUCCUAUAAUAACGAUGUACUUCCGGUGUAUGCUUACUAUGCAAGAUUUAAACGAUCCACAGUCGAACCCGCAGACGCUCUUAUCGUGUGUGAGGGUUAUAUGCGAUGCCUCUGACUAUUAUCUGUGCGUGUGGAACAGUUUGUAUCCGCAUGAUGCAUACUUCGACUUGGCAAUGUUGAGUAAAAUAAACCAUGAAUUCGUUGCAGAAGGCAAGUUGGGAUUGGAGUUCAAAAAGCCCAAACAAUUAUUGACGAUAAAUACCCAAUACGUGACAUUGCUUAACAUGUUUUACCUUGAAAUUAAGGAUAUUCUUGAAGGGAAAAAAGUGUACGUCGAAACACGUCGAGUACCCAAGUUGGUAUUUUCUACAAAAGCCGUUAUGAAUCAUUUUGAUCCAUUGGCUGUCGAGUUUGUAUCUGUUGAUCGUUUUGAUAACCGUCUGUUGAACAUGCGAAAUUUGACCACACUUACGAUGAAAAACUGUGAUUUGCCAACGAUCCCUGUAGAAAUUGGUCAUUUACCAAUUGAAUAUCUCGACAUAUCGGGUAGUAAACUUCCUAUCAAUCAAGAUACCUUUUGGGAUUGGAUGUCCAUGACAGUAAUUUGCGGUACAUUAGCAACUUUAAGAAUUAAUUCGAUUGGCCUAACAAGAUUGCCAUUUGAAAUAAUGUUCCUAAAACGACUAGAAACUUUAUUUGCAACCAACAAUAAACUGACAUAUUUGCCUAAAAUCAUUUGUGAACUUAAGAUUCUCAGAUCCUUGUUUGUUGCUGACAAUAAGUUAGUAUACCUUCCUUAUUGUUUGUCCAGAUUGUAUGUCUCAAUGGACAUAUCAAAUAACUUAAUUAUUGGUACAGUUUCACCGAAUGAUAGUUACUUAUAUAAAUAUAUUAUGGAAUUACUAACUAUACAAAAAAUCGAUGUUAAAAAUGUUGUACCAUCACUUAGUCAUUUGUCAUUAUACAGUUUGAUGGAUAAUUGUGUACCGUUUAAGAGACAAGAUAUACCUCGUACACUAUGGAUAAACUUAAAUGUAAUGGGUCGUUGUGAUGUGUGUAAGAGAUGGACACAACCAGAAUACUGUCGAGUAGGUUUUAAAUAUAUUGUAAUACAUUCAAUACUAGAUGGAGACAAGUUAGGACCAGGGCAAUUAAUGACUUGUAGAAAUGAAAAAAAUUGUAAAAGAUUAGUAUAAGCCAUAUUUAUAUAUAUAUGAAAGUAUAAGUAUAAUUAUUUAUUAAAUAA